UUCAAUUUAUUCAAAUCAAUAUAUAAAGUGUGUACGUAGUAAAAUAUUGUAGUGGAGAUUUAAAAAAAAAAAAUCUUUUCUUUUCGGUAAAAUAAAAACUGAAAAAUAUUAACUCAAUGAGUAUGAGUCACUUUCAAAGAUGUACUCUGGAGUAAUUAAUGCAAUUUUAUGACCAAGAAAAUAAUAUACUGUAGGUUGGGGAGUUACAAUAAAAAUAUGACACGAGUAUGACAUUUUUAAAGAUCUGUUUUUUUAUGAAGCAGACCUAUUUUAUUUCUAUAGUGUGUGUUUGUGAGUGAUAAUUCUGAACUUUAAGAGGUGUAGAUAGUCAUAGAUGAGCAGGAAGUGCAUGGUCAAAAGGAUAGAAUGGGAAUAGAGAUUGGAUAUACUACUGUACAUAUAGAAGGAUGUAUGCAGUUUUUCUGAGCCCAAAUGUGAUGUUUUUAUAUAAUAUAGUUGAUAUAAUGUUAGCCAUGCAGAAGUAGUCUGGUAUAUGCAGAACAGCGUCAAAGGUUUCAAUACGUUAUUUAUGCAGUUUGAAUUGUUAACAAGACUUUAGUCAUCUUUGGCCACCUGCAUCACUUUAAUGGAUAGCCAUUGUGUGAUAAAAUUGCAAUUUAAAUCAUGACUGGAAAAGGAUUUAUACAAAACGUCUGUGACUCUCUCCAUGGUUCUGAAGUGUAUGGGAACUCGAGUUCUGUCCAUAGUUCUGUUUUAUUCCAUUCCAACUCCCUUAUGCAAAUGAAUAGGUAAAGACAACAUUUUUGAUAUAACAUUAAACUAAUGACCAGAAUAUAUUAUUCUGCAGUCAUUUUUAGAUGAGGAGUGAAAAACACAAAACAAGUUCGAUGGGUUCUGUGCCCAUUCUUCAAGGUUUCUGUAGGCCUAUGAUUAAAAUGAAAACAAAAAAAAAAUUGAAACAUUUAAUAUUACUCAAAACUGCAUUUCACCCCAACUGUCACAAGAUGACGCUGGAGACCGUGCUAUAAAAUUGCGUCUGAUUUGUAGCGACACCCUAAAACAAUAAACGUCAUAAAUGGGGAGUGUUCCGCAUCGAGUAAAUGCAGUUCAACGAACCACACGAAGUGAAUGGGAGCGGCAAUGGAUGCAUGUUUUUGUUGAUUUCUUGAGGAUAUACCAAAGGAAAAACGGAAUUUAUGUUGCCUAUUUGAGCAGGAAUGGCGUUUCGGGACCAAUGGGUUACCAUCGGGGCUCUUUUUUUCACUCUGCUUUGUAUCUGCGGCUGGACUACGGCUCAAAUAUCUUACUCCAUCUCGGAGGAGGUAGACAAAGGAACCGCGGUGGGAAAUCUCGCAAAGGAUUUAAACCUCAGCGUGCAGCAACUCCAAUCCACGGGUCUGAGAAUUAAUUCUGCAUACAAAAGGCACUAUUUUGACGUAAAUUUAGAAUCGGGAAUAUUGGUCGUUAACGAGAGAAUAGACAGAGAGGAGCUGUGUUCAAAUGUGUUGAAAUGUUCUUUAAAUAUGGAAGCCGCUUUGACUAACCCUCGCAGACUCCACCAAAUUGAGGUUAACAUUAAUGAUAUAAAUGACAAUGCUCCGUUUUUUAAUCAAGAAUCUACAACAAUAGAUAUGUAUGAAAAUUACUUUCUUGGAGAAAGACAUCCACUACCACUGGCACGGGACGCCGACGUGGGUGUAAACUCAGUUAAGACAUAUAAAUUAAGCCCAAAUGAAUACUUUGUUUUGGAUGUAUCCAGCAAUGGUGACAGUGUAUCUGCUGAGUUAUUACUACAGAAAGCCUUGGAUAGAGAAAAGCAGGCUGCAGUCGACCUCACGCUUAUUGCUGUUGAUGGAGGAAAACCUCCGAAAUCAGGGACAAUACAAGUAAAAAUUAACAUCCUUGAUGUAAAUGACAAUGCCCCUUUGUUUAGCAAAUCUUUGUACAAGGUCCAAGUUGUUGAAAAUGCAGAUAUUGGCACUGUGAUAUUGACACUUUCAGCUACAGAUUUAGACGAUGGUAUUAAUGGACAACUUACGUACUCCUUUGCGGAACAAGGAAGUUUUAACCCUGACGACAUGUUUGCUAUGAAUGAAAAUACAGGACAAAUCACAGUCAAAGGAAACAUUGAUUAUGAGGAAACUCAGGCAUAUGAGAUUCGUGUCCAAGUGCGGGACAAAGGUGUUCCUCCUCGCUUGGCGCAUAGCAAAGUUUUAGUGGAAGUCAUUGAUGUGAAUGACAAUGCACCGGAAAUCACUGUUUCAUCUCUCAUGAGUCCCGUAAAAGAGGGUGCUGAGAUUGGUACUGUCGUUGCCAUGGUGAUGAUUACUGAUGAAGAUGGCGGUAAAAAUGGCCAAACAAAAUGUAACAUUGUUGGAUCUGGGCCAUUCAUGCUAAAGUUUAACUAUAAAAAUUACUAUUCAUUGUUGGUAGACGGGCGUCUUGAUAGAGAGGAAACCUCCGAGUAUCUUGUAACAAUUAGAGCGAGUGAUGAAGGAACUCCACCUCAGUCCAUGACACACAUCAUCACAAUUCAAGUUGCUGAUGUCAAUGACAAUCCACCUCAAUUUGCAGAGCCUGUUAUUAAUAUGUAUGUGAAGGAGAAUAGUCCAGUUGGAACGACGAUCUACACUUUGACGACGACAGAUGCUGACUCAAUUGAAAAUGGAAAAGCAGUUUAUCACUUGAUUGGCAGUUCUUUUAAAACAACACAAACAGCUUCAAUGAUUAACAUCAACUCAGAGAGUGGAGAUAUAGUCAGUUUGCAAUCUUUUGAUUUUGAGAACUUAAAGACAUUUCAAUUUAAAGUUCAGGCCACAGACACUGGUGUUCCUCCACUCAGCAGCAAUGUUACCAUCAAUGUUUUUAUCCUGGAUGAGAAUGAUAAUAGUCCCACCAUUUUGGCUCCUUAUUCUGAGCUUGGCUCCGUGAACAGUGAGAGCAUCCCCUAUUCUGCUGAAGCGGGAUACUUUGUGGCAAAGAUCAGGGCAGUAGAUGCAGACUCUGGAUACAAUGCACUGCUCUCCUAUCACCUGUCCGAGCCCAGAGGCAACAACAACCUCUUCCGGAUUGGAACUAGCACCGGGGAGAUUCGGACCAAGAGGAGAAUGAGUGACAAUGACCUGAAAAGUCACCCCUUAGUCGUGUUGGUGUGCGAUAAUGGAGAAGCUUCCCUAUCAGCCACUGUGUCUAUUGAUGUGAUGGUGCUUGAAAGCACAGCUGACACCAACACCCAGUUCAGACAUGUGCCCAUAAAGGAGGAAAGCUUCUCGGAUUUACACUUGUACUUGCUCAUCUCCAUUGUUGCCGUCUCGCUCAUCUUCCUUCUCAGCCUCAUCACUUUAAUAGCCUUCAAAUGUCACAGACAGACAGAUGAAACUUUCGACAGAUACGGGGCCCCAAUGAUCACUACCCACCCUGAUGGUAGCUGGUCAUACUCCAAAGCUACUCAGCAAUAUGACGUGUGUUUCAGCUCUGACACACUCAAGAGUGAUAUGGUAGUUUUCCCCACACCCUUUCCACCUGUAGAAGCAGAACUGAUCAGUAUUAAUGGAGGGGACACCUUUACCAGAACUCAGACUUUACCAAAUACUGAGAAGGUAAGAAAAUUCAAUUUUUUCAAAUGAAUUUGCAAAGUGUACACAUAGUAAAAUAUUGUAGUGGUCAUUUAAAAAAAAAAAAAAAAAAAAAAAACAUUUUCGAUGCCUUUUCUUUUUGGUAGAAUAAAAACUGAAAAAUAUUAACUCUAUAGUAUGAGUUACUUUCAAAGAGGUUCUCUGGAGUAAUUAAUGACAUUUUAUAAAGAAGUAAACAAUAUACUGUAGGUUGGGGAGUGACAAUAAAAAUAUGACAUGAGUAUGACAUUUUAAAGAUUCGUUUUUUAUGAAGGCAGACAGAUUUUAUUUCUAUAGUGUGUGUUUGUGAUAGUUCUGAACUUUAAGAGACGUAGAUAGUCACAUAUGAGCAGGAAGUGCAUGGUCAAAAGGAUAGAAUGGAAAUGCAGGAGAUCGGUUAUACUACUGUACAUAUAAAAGGAUGUAUACCAGUUUGUCUUUGCCGAAAUGUGAUAUUUAUAUAUCAUAUAGUUGAUAUUAUGUUAGCCAUGCAGGAGUAGUCUGGUAUAUGUACAACACUGGCUAAGGUUUCAAUAGGUUAUUUAUGCAGGUUGAAUUGUUAACAAGACUUUAGUCAUCUUGGCCACAUGCGACACUUUCUUGGAUAGCCGUUGUUUGAUAAAAUUGCAGUUUAAAUAACAUGACUGGAAAAAGAUUUAUACAAAACUGCGGUGACUCUCUCCAUUGUUCUGAAGGGUAUGGGAACUCGCGUACUGUCCAUAGUUCUGUUAUUCCAUUCCAAUUGCCUUAUGCAAAUGAAUAGAUGAAGACAAACGUUUGGAUUAGUGAUAUAACAUUAAACUAAUGACCAAAAUAUUUUAUUUUGCAGUAUUCUCAUUUUUAGAUGAGAAGUGAAAAACACAAAGCAGGUUUGAUGGCUUCUGGUCCCAUUUUCAAGAUUUCUAUU